AUGAAUGCAUGUCCUAUCUCAGCUAAAAGGUCAUGGGUACAAGGAGCCACUGGGAAUAAACAAUAUUCAUGGACCACACGAAGGACAGUAGAUCUUGGGAUUGGACGAGUAACCCAUUCAUUUUUGAUUAUUCCGGAAUGCCCCUAUCCUUUGCUGGGAAGAGAUUUACUCUCCAAAGUAGGGGCUCAAAUCCACUUUCAGCCAGAAGGUCCCACCAUAACUGAUAAUAAAGGAAGGUUACUUCAAAUAUUGCCUAUGAAAUUAGAAGAUGAAUAUAAAUUAUACGAGCAGCCUUCAUCCUCACGAGUUAAUGUUACAGAUUGGGUAACUCGGUUCCCUCAAGCCUGGGCAGAAACUGCCGGAAUGGGGAUGGCCAAAAAUCGGCCCCUGGUGCUAGUGGAACUCAAGGCAACUGCCACCCCAAUAACGGUCCGUCAAUACCCCAUGAGUAGAGAAGCCAAAGACGGUAUCCGUCCCCAUAUACAGAGGCUACUAGACUUGGGCAUCUUAAUAAGAUGUCAAUCAGCAUGGAACACCCCUCUCCUGCCGGUAAAGAAACCAGGAACAAAUGAUUAUCGGCCGGUGCAGGAUCUACGAGAGGUAAACAAACGGGUGGCAGACCUCCACCCCACAGUUCCAAACCCUUACAACCUCCUGAGCACUCUUCCACCUCAACAUACGUGGUAUACUGUUUUGGACCUUAAAGAUGCUUUUUUCUGUUUAAGACUCUCUCCCCUGAGCCAACCCUACUUUGCCUUCGAAUGGAAAGAUCCAACAUCGGGAAUGUCUGGUCAGCCGACAUGGACACGGCUACCUCAGGGAUUUAAGAACUCCCCGACCAUCUUUGAUGAAGCCCUCCAUCAGGAUUUGGCAUUAUAUAGAGAAUCAAAUCCCCAGGUAACAUUACUCCAAUACGUUGAUGAUAUUUUAUUAGCUGCUGAGACCCAAGAAGAUUGUAUCAAGGGUACUGAAAAACUGUUAACGGAACUUGGAACCCUGGGAUAUAGAGCCUCAGCCAAGAAAGCACAAAUAUGCCAACAACAGGUCAGUUACCUGGGGUAUCUAUUAAAAGGGGGGCAAAGAUGGCUCACGGAGAGCAGAAAGGAUACGGUGGCCCAAAUUCCGGCUCCCAAAAACGCCAGGCAGGUUAGAGAAUUUUUGGGGACGGCUGGAUUCUGUAGACUAUGGAUUCCAGGGUUUGCUGAGCUGGCAUCCCCAUUGUACCCCCUAACCAAAAACAGCACUCCUUUCGUUUGGGGCGAUAAGGAACAACGGGCUUUUGACCAAAUCAAAUGAGCUUUACUUUCAGCUCCAGCCCUAGGACUGCCAGAUGUAACCAAACCUUUUCAUUUAUAUGUGGCCGAAAAUAAGGGCAUUGCAAAAGGAGUAUUGACUCAGAAAUUGGGUCCCUGGAAUCGCCCAGUUGCUUAUUUGUCAAAAAAAUUGGACCCUGUGGCAUCAGGAUGGCCCACCUGUUUAAAGAUAAUUGCUGCAGUGGCCGUUCUAGUCAAAGAUGCUGACAAACUAACUUUAGGACAAAAUCUAACGAUAACAGCUCCUCAUGCCCUGGAAAAUGUAGUCCGUCAACCACCGGAUAGGUGGCUAACUAAUGCCAGGAUGACCCAUUACCAAACCCUGUUGCUAAACUCAGAUCGCAUCAAGUUUGCUCCAGCCACAGGACUCAAUCCAGCCACCUUGCUACCUGAUCCUGACUUGGAAGGCUCCACCAUCAUACAUGAUUGUCAGGAAGUACUGGCCGCAGCACACGGCAGUAGGCCAGAUCUGAUGGACCUGCCCCUCCCUGAUGCUGAUUUCACUUGGUUCACGGAUGGGAGCAGUUUCCUGGAGGAAGGUAAGCGUCGAACUGGGGCAGCCGUGGUAGACGGAAAACAAGUCAUAUGGGCAGCGGCGCUACCACAAGGGACCUCAGCCCAACGAGCUGAAUUAAUUGCCCUGACGAGGGCAUUAGAGAUGGCAGAGAAUAAAAAAGUAAACAUCUACACAGACAGUAGAUAUGCGUUUGCUACCGCUCAUAUCCACGGUGCCAUUUACCAACAGAGAGGGCUACUAACUUCAGGUGGCAAAGAAAUUAAAAACAAAGACGAAAUCGUGGCUUUGUUGACUGCACUCAUGCUUCCUACUAAAGUCAGUAUCAUCCACUGCCCUGGACAUCAAAAAGGAAAUACCCCAAUAAUUAGGGGAAAUAAUAUGGCUGACCAAGUGGCCCGAAAAAUAGCAUCGGGAGAAGUCAUUUUAGGACUGUCAGAUAAAGUUCCUGAAAAACCAGGCCGCGAUGAAGAAAUCAUCCCGGCCACAACGAAAGGAACUUUGUCCCCUCAGCAAGCAGAAUCCAUGUUACAACAGAUGCACAGAUGGACACAUUUGGGGACUAAAAAUAUGGUAGCCUUGUUACAAAAAGCCGGGUACGAAACCCCUGGAAUGACAAAAUUAGCUGAACAAAUUGUGCAGGAAUGCGUCCCAUGUCAACAGGUAAAUGCUCACAAAGGGAAACUUGAAACUGGAAAGAGACUCAGGGGGGACCGCCCAGGAACUUACUGGGAAGUGGACUUUACCGAAGUGCGUCCUGGAAGGUACGGUAAUAAAUACCUUUUAGUUUUUGUAGACACUUUUUCAGGAUGGAUAGAGGCUUUCCCAACAAAGAAAGAAACAGCUGCUGUAGUAGCCAAGAAGAUUUUAGAAGAAAUUUUUCCUCGAUUUGGAGCACCAAAGGUAAUAGGGUCUGAUAAUGGUCCAGCCUUCGUCGCCCAGGUAAGUCAGGAUGUGGCCAGAUAUUUGGGGACUGAUUGGAAAUUACAUUGUGCAUAUAGACCCCAGAGUUCAGGUCAGGUAGAAAGAAUGAAUAGAACUCUAAAAGAGACCCUAACCAAAUUGUCCUUGGAGACUGGCGGUACAGAUUGGACGGUGCUCCUUCCUUUAGCCGUGUUCCGGGUUAGGAAUACACCUUCCCGGUACCAUCUUACUCCUUUUGAGGUGCUAUACGGGGCCCCACCUCCCCUUCUCACCUUAGGAGAAGAAAUAAAACCAGACUGUCAAAAUAACACUGACUUGUAUGCUAGGCUAUUGGGACUCCAACUGGUCCAAAAGGAGAUAUGGUCCCAACUCGCCGAGGCCUACCAACCGGGAACACCGGGAGAAACUCAUCCUUUCCAAGUCGGGGACUCCGUAUACGUCCGUCGGCAUCGAACCCAGACGUUGGAACCUCGAUGGAAAGGACCAUACACCGUCCUCCUAACCACCCCAACGGCCAUAAAAGUGGACGGCAUCGCUGCCUGGAUCCAUGCUUCACACGUGAAAGCUGCACCAGCGGCGGCAUCAUCAGGAUGGCAGGCCCAAAGAACCGACAACCCGCUCAAACUCAAGCUUCUACGAACCUAGGACUUAUAAUUUUGGUUUUACUGCCUUUAUUGACUGUAAGUGAUUUUAGCCCUCACCUCCCCCAACGUUUAACUUGGCAGGUAAUUUCUCAGACUGGAGAUGUAACCUGGUCCAUUAGUCAUACUGCACCCCCCUGGACCUGGUGGCCAGAUCUUUUUCCUGAUGUUUGUAAAUUGGCUAUAGGAGCACCUUAUUGGGAUACAGAAGAUUCUCAUGAUAUGAACACUGCCCCUUCCAAAGUUUCGGAAACUGGUUUGGGCCGGGUUGCAAAAAUGCAGGCAAAAGAAUGAUGCUUGGUAUCCUCACUUUCUACGUAUGCCCCGGGUUCCACCGCCCUUGAUCUCUGAAUUAUAAAUCUGGGGAUGUGAAACUACCGGGGAUACUAAUUGGAAACCCACCUCAACUUGGGAUUUUAUUACUGUAACGGCUAAUUAUUCUCAUAAUGAGGAUACCGGACACCGGAGUAAAUGUUCAGGAUGGUGUCAUCCCCUUAAAAUUUCCUUUAGUAAUCCCGGAAAAAGAGAUGAAAAAUGGAUAAAUGGUCAUUCUUGGGGCGUUAGAUUUUACAUGAGGGGAUAUGAUUUAGGAAUAUUAAUGACCCUUAAGCUAAAGAUUGAGACUCCUGCUCCUAUAUCAAUAGGCCCAAAUCCCGUACUUGGCCCCCCUUUGCUUCCCCCGGCCCCUUCAACUACGUCAACAAAGAAUGAGACUAAUGAAACCUCUGGAUCCAAAGAACCCACAGUUAAGCCUGGGACUCCUCAGGAUAGGAUGCUUUCUUUGGUGCAGGCAGCCUU